CAUCUCACUUUCACCAAGGCCAACGAUCGAAACCCUCGCGGCAUCCAUCGUGCGAUCUCGGACCACAUCCAGUAAAUACGGAAACCAUCCAACCAUGGAACGAAACCGCAACUCGUCCAAUAGCCUCGGCCCUCGACACGAUGCGACAUCUCGAGUCCAGAAGCCCGAGCCCGCGGCCGACAGAAUGGCAGCGCUCAAAGCUCGCGUAGCUGCUGCCAUCGGGAGCAGCAAAGCGAAGGGGGGCUUGAAUGUCGGUCUUCAUCCCGCACUCGAGGACCUGGGCCAGUGGAAGCCUUCGGGCAAGUCCCAAGAUCCCGGGUCUGCGAGCGGGAGCGCGCGAUUCCAGGGCGACUCGGCGAAGUCGUCCGGCAAGAAGAAGCAACUAGGCAUCUCGAGCCUUUCCACAGACGCGAAUCGGAGCAACCCCUAUUACGAUGCCAAUGCGCCCGGUCAUGGCGCGGCUGGCAGACAGAGGGAGUCGAGGCAGCUUAUUUUCAACCAGAAGGGAAAAUACAUCCAGCAGGCCAAUGCCCUCCGAAGGCAAGCGGCGUUGGAGGCCAUGAAGAAGCGCAUCGCUGAACAAACGCGCAAGGUUGGGAUUGACGAAGACCUCGAUUUGGAGAAGAAUUUUGUCGUGGAAGCGCCCCCCGACAUUGAAUGGUGGGACGAGGCGUUGGUGGAAGGGAAAAACUACGACGAUAUCGACGAUCCAAAGACACUCAAGAUCGUUUCCCCGGAUAGCAUCAUAACUGUAUACAUACAGCAUCCCGUCGCCAUCGAGCCGCCCCAGGACCGGCAUAUACCACCCCCGAAGCCCAUGUAUCUGACCCCGAAGGAGCAGAAGAAACUCCGCAGGCAGCGGCGGAUGGUGGAUCUGAAGGAAAAGCAAGCCAAGAUCAGGCUGGGCUUGGAGCCAGCCCCGCCUCCCAAGGUCAAGAAAGGAAACCUGAUGCGAGUACUCGGCGAGGAAGCCCUUCAAGACCCGACCGCCGUCGAGGCUCGGGUCAACAGGGAAAUCGCCGAGAGGCACCAAGAACACCUUCAGGCGAACGAGGACCGCAAGCUGACAAAGGAAGAGAGGCACCAAAAGAUUGUGGCAAACCGGGAGAAGGAUGCGCAGAAGGGCAUCCACGUCCUGGUGUUGAAGAUCGGAAGCCUCGCUAACGGGCAGCAUCGAUACAAGAUUGCUGUUAAUGCGGAGCAGCAUGGGCUGACAGGCGUGUGCAUCAUGCACCCUAGCUUCAACCUUGUCGUUGUAGAGGGGGGAGAAUACAGCAUUGGCAAGUACAAGAAGUUGAUGCUCGACCGGAUCGACUGGACCGAGAAUGUGCCGUCGCGCGAGAAGGAGGACACCAAGGGGACAGUUCGAGAUUGGCUAAAGGCGGAGGACGAGAAGGGCAUGCUCAGGGACAUGUCGCUCAACAAGUGCACUCUGGUCUUUGAGGGAGAGGCCAAGGGUAGAGCGUUCAGGAAGUGGGGAAGCAGAGUCUGCGAGACCGACUCCGAAGCACGAGAUGUCCUGGCCCGGACCAAGAUGGAGAGUUUCUGGGUACUGGCCAAGAACUUGCAAGGGAAUGCGGUAUGAACUUGCCAACAACGGUGUUGAGGAUGAUGCGGAGGUGGAAACGAACCAAACCUGUGUCAAGCUAGCGUGGCUAUUCCCAUUUGUUUCCCACGCCGCAUAUUCGAUUUAGCUCUGUUCAAUACCUAUCUAUCUACUGCCUAGGUGGGUGGUAGGUAGUUUACAGCCAUGCUUGGAGUUUCCGUUGAGAUGCUGGUCCUGUUCUCCAAUAAACCCAACCAC